CUGGCAGAGGCGUACCCCUCCAAACCGGACAGCCCCGGCGAGGACGCCCCUGCAGAGGACAUGGCCAGAUACUACUCGGCGCUGAGGCACUACAUCAACCUCAUCACCAGGCAGAGAUAUGGAAAGAGAUCAAGCCCAGAGACAUUGAUCUCAGACCUCUUGUUGAGGGAAAGCACAGAAAAUAUUCCUAGAUCCAGGUUUGAAGACCCUUCGAUGUGGUGA